UACAGCUAUCGGAUACUCCUUGGGAAAACCAUCACGGGCGUUUUUGAGUGUAAUGACAACUGCGGAUGCCAACAGAAGCGCUGCUUCAAUCGAGUGGUACAACAGCCGAUUCGAUACCCGAUUCAAAUCUACAAAACUGCACAAAGUGGAUGGGGUGUGCGUGCGCUAUGUGAUAUACCUGCUGGAGCAUUCAUUGCUAAUUACGUUGGAGCGUUGCUGACAGAUAGCAUAGCCGAUGCGCUACAGGGAGAAGAUGAAUACUUUGCUGAUCUUGAUUUGAAUGAUGCGGUGGAGAACGAGAAAGCAACGACACUUGAGAAAUGCGGAUACCUGGAUAUGGGUAUCGGCAGUUCAGAUGAGGAGGACGAAGCGGCUAUGUCCAAAAAGGAUGCGGAUGAUGAUGGAUUGGGAUCGGAUAUGUCAUCAUCAUCAUCCAGUGAAGAAGAGGAACCGAAAAUGAAGAAAGUUCGUAGGAAACACAAGGAGUUGCAAAAUGAAGAGUUAAAUCCACGACGAAAAAAGUUGAAUGCUGCGGAGUUAGAGAAAAUUGACGCGGCAGCAGCUGUAGGCGAUGAUACGGUAUUCAAAUGGGCUGAUUACUUUGGUGAGAACAACACUUUGUUCGUCGUAGACGCUAAGAAGAAGGGCAAUGUGGGAAGGUUUUUGAACCACUCAUGCGAUCCGAAUGUACAAGUGCAGCAUGUGUUUGUGGAUACACAUGAUUUGAGACUACCGUGGUCUUCAUUCUUUGCUAUCAGGAAUAUCAAAGCUGGAGAGGUAUAA